AUGUCUACUGAGUUACAGAAACAAAUAAAUUCUCAGUUAAGAAACAAUGAGCUGGCGUUUUUAUCCCAAAGAGCUUUAAAGGUGAAUAGAAGCAAGAAGGAAAGGAUUUCUUUUCUUUUUGACACUAAAACAGAGUUUUAUGCAAGAAAGGGAGUUACAGCUGAAAAUAGAAUUCCAAUUUAUGAAGAUCUUGGCCGUUUAAGAUACCUUGGAGAACAAGGUCUUUCGGAAUUAGAAUCUCUAAAUCCGAGAAUUUCUCAUGAAGCUUUUAAUGAAUUUUUUGAGAAUACUGAUAUCUCUUCAAUUCAAAUGUUGACAGCACAAGAAGCUGGAGAAAGGCUGGAAAAAUUAAAAAGAUUUGUAGAUUUUUUGGUACCUUAUUUCUUAUUGGAUUCUACAAAGAUCUGUAUAGAGUAUUUAAUUCAAGCCUAUGAUAUCAAUGUUUUAUUAGGGGAAUAUCUUUUUUACUCUUUUCUACCAUAUCAUGAUAUGGCUGAAUUUUGUCAGUUAAUUAAAACUUUGGAUAUACCAGAAAGCAGUGAAAUUAAAGGGUUAGUUGAUUCAAUUAAGGCUACAGGUACUGUGAUCACUUCCAGAAGUCAUCUUUCAUCUAUUUUACUUAGAAAUUCAGUUCUUUUUAAGAAUAUUAUAGUUUUUUGGGAAAAAAGAUUGGAGAUUUUUCAUUUAACAAAAAAUAUAGCUUUAACAAACCUUAUAACUUGGUUAAUUAUUGAGAUUAUUGAAGAUUUAUCCAGAUCUAAAGAUUUAAAAAAUUUACAUGUAUUUCUUGAAAAUAUUAUUGAAAUUAUAAUAUUUGGUACCUGUUUAAAAGGAUCUCAAUAUGAAGAUUUAAGAUCUACAGGAUAUUGUAUUCUAUAUAAACUAGCAACUCCUCUUCUUAAUCUUUCAAAUGAAAUUCAAAUUAGAAUUAUUGAGGAACUUUUUAAAUCUAUUUCAAAAAAUCAUAUAAAUUCAUCAAAUUACCUUCCAGAAACUAUUAUAUUAAUGAAUCAUAUUUUGACUCAGCUUGGAACUUUAUCACAUCUUGAAUAUUUAGAUCAUGAAAUAUCUCAAUUUAUACUUGAAAAACAAAUUGUUUUUAUUAAUACCUUUAAACAAUUAUCAAAUUGGGAUGGUGAAUUUCUACAAAUCCUUACCUUAAUUACUAAAUCUAUUAUUAAUUUUGGGAUAAUCCAAGAUCAAAGAUUUUCUAAAUCAUGUAUUAAUUUUAUUGAAAGUAUUUUAAAUAUUUUAGGAGAUACAUCUUCUUUCUUAUUAAUGGAUGGAAGACAAUCUAAAAUGGUUAAAGUUAUUAUUCUAACCUUAAUAGAUUUAUAUUCUCAAGAUCAAAUCCAAAAUACAUAUUUUGUGGAUAUCAUUCAAAUUAUCCAUUCAAAUUAUCCUUCAGAGUUACUUUCUGCUCUCAAUUUCUCAUUGAGUGUAUCCUCAUCUCCAAACUCACAAUUAUUUGAACUUAAAGAAAAGGCUCAAAUGUUUUUGGAUAUUGUUCUCAAAGAAGAAGGCUCAGAUCUAAAAUCUAAAGAAGGACAAAAUUCUCGUAUGUUUUUAACUUUAUUAAAUAGUCAAGAUCCAUCUGUUUUAAAUUCUUGUUUGGAUAUGAUUACCAAUUUAAUCCAAAAAUCUUCAAAGAAUUUUAAAGAAAUGACUCAUUUUGAAAAAAGGAUAUUUGACUUAUCAUUGAAACAUUUUCUUGGUUCUUUUAAUAAUGAUAAUAACCAAAAUGACUUUAAUGAGAAAUCUGCUUUACAAAUUUUAAGGCAAACUCAAACAAUAAAAAUUUCUCAUCUUUUAGAUCUUGAAAAUUCCCCGUCUCAAGAUCAAGGUCAUUGUGAUCACCAAUACCAAUGGAGGAUUACUCUAAUUUUUAAGAGUUUUCUUAGAUAUUUUAGAUCUAAAAUUACAACUGGAUAUCCUACUCUUUUUGACUUUUUUUCAAAAGAAGUUUCAUUUGGUUUAAAUUUCAAAGAUAAAAAUGGUAACUUUGGUAUUGAAAAUAUGAUCAUGGAAUCUAUAUUUUCACAUAUAUUUGGUCAAGAUUUUGAGAAAAAGUUUAUGGAUUUAUUCACAAGUAUUUCUUUAAUUUUUGAGAAUGUUGACUCUGAAUUAAAAAAUAAAAUGAAUGAUUUGGAUCUAAUUCUUUUGGAAAACUCUGAUAUUCUUAUUUCUCUAUUCACAUUAAUUUCUCAUGAAGAUCUUUCUUUUUCUCAUGAUCUAAAAAAAAUUUCAUCUAGGUUAAUUUCCUUAAUAUAUAAUCAUGAUCAGAUUCAUGUCUACUUUAAACAAAUUUUUAUGAAACCAAAUCUAAAUUAUUUGGAACUUUCUUUAAUUUUAUUAUCUUUAAAAAAACUUAACUCAGAUCUUAAAUCCAGUUACCUAUUACCUAAUCUUUCUUUCUUAGAAUUUGGAAUAAAUUUAAAUAAUGAUCAACAAAUUAUUAAUUUAUUGGAAUCCUUAUAUUACAAAUUGUACUAUUAUAUUAACUCAUUAUUCAAAUCUAAGGAUGAUAAAAAAACAACAAACAAUUUGGUUGGUACUUAUGUUUUAACUAUUUUGAGAUCUAUUUUCCAUCUUGUUUCUUCUAGAGAAAAUAACAUAUUUGAUUCUAAAUUAUUGAACAUUACUUUGGUAGAUACUUUAGAUAUUGGAAUCCUUUCAAUAAAUCAUUUGGGGUUACCUAUAUUUCAAAUUCUUAAUAAUUGUUUUGACCCUGAUUAUAAAAUAAGAAAUAAAAAGAUCUCAAACUUGGUGACUAAUCUUUCAAGAAAUUUAUUUAAUAUUUUGUCCCAAAAUGACUUCUACUUUGAUAUCACAAAUUUUGAAUAUGAUUUAUAUAAUUCACCAUUUUAUGGAAAGAAUGUUUAUUCUGAGACAUUAAUAAGUCAUAGUUACUCUUUUCUUGAAAUAGUUAUUUCAAAAUUACCAAUUUCACAAGAUUCGAAAAAUAAUACUUUUUCUGUCUCAAACUUACUCAAGAUCUUAUAUAGUACUUUAUCUUAUGCAGUAAUACCAGCUUUCUUAGGUCAAAGAUCUAUGUCUAUAAAAAUGGCAUCUUUUAGACUUUGUAAAGCAAUUAAAGAUACAUUACAACUAGUUAAUAUAGAAAAAGUAUUUAAAGGUAUUAAUCUCAAAUUUUCAGAUAUUUUAUUAGAUUAUGAUCAUUCUAAUGAUACCGGUAUUCAAUUCAAUUAUCAAGAAAACAACUUAAGAUCAUGUUAUUUAAAUAAAUUAGGUCCAAAAAUUAAUAAUGUUUUGGAAAUUAUUGAUAUAUUAUUAAAUCAUCAAUCUGAAAUAAUUGUUGAAAAUAGAAAUCAGAAUUUAUUGGAAAUUAUUUUUAGAGACAAUAGAUCUAAUAAUGUAUCCGGUACCUUAUUAUUAUUAAAUUUGGUUAUGAUAUUUGAAUUAAUUUUUGAUCAAGAAAUUGAAGAUAUUAAGGUGAAUUUAAAUCUUUUGUCUAAUUACAUAAGAGAAAAUCUUAUUUAUGGAAAUAUUUAUUCUGAUUAUCAUGAAAUAUUAAUAGAAAUUGCUCAAAGUUUCUUAGUUAAAAGUGAUAUUGAUCAUAAAGAUAAACAUUCAAAUUCUACAGAAAUUAUUGGAUUAUCUUUUUUAAAGCAAGGCAUAGAAAAUUUACUUAAUUAUAUAGACAAUAAAGAAAAUAUUGAAACAAGAAACAAUUUAAUUUUGGGAUAUUUGAAUAAGAUUCAAAGAUUUGAGAAUGAUUUCCAAUAUUUAGAUUUGAUUAAGGAGAAUAAACUAGCUAGACAAACUUUCAUUGAGAUAUUAUUAAUAGUUUUAGAUGACAAGAUUACAAGAAAUUUAAGAAAUGAUGACAAAUUUGUUUCUUUUAUAGUUGGAAUUAUUUCCCAAAUUGUAUAUUAUUCUCCAGAAAAUAUUAAAAAGAUAUCUUUAUCUCAAUAUAUUAAAGAAAAAUCAUUGGAAAAAUUAGAUCUUUUAAUUAUUGGGUUAUUAAAAUAUUGUAUUUUAAAAGAUAAUUAUAAGGGAUUAAAUACUAAAAUUCAAUUAGAGACAGAUUUGGGUAUUGGAUUAAAUGAACAAAUAAUAUUAGAAUGGAUUUAUUGUGAUUUAAAUUUAGUUUCAUUAGAAAUUUUAAAUAUAAGAGAAAAAGAAUUGUCUCAAGAUCAAAAAAUAGAAUAUAACUUUAACAAAGAUUUGGUUAGCCAAACUUUAAGAUAUUUGGAAAUAAAUAGAAAUAGAUUAAAGAAUUUUAAUGAAGAAAUGGAUAUUGAUAUUUUAAUUAAGAUUGAGUUUUACUUAAUUAGAAUAUUAGAAUUUGGAAUUAAAUUUAGAAGUACUCAAUUUAAGGAUUUAGAGAAUAUUUUGGAUUACUUUGAGAUUAAAGAAAAAAGUAAUGACAAAAAUGUGAUAUCAAAGUUUAUGUUAAAUCCUAUGAUAGUAUCUUCAAUCACAAGUAUGUUUUCAAAUAUUCAAAUAAAACCUAAGAAUAAGGAUACAACAGAUCAUUCUAAAUCAUACUUUAAAAUCUGUAAGGUAUUAUUUUCUAUAUAUAUGAAUUUGGUAAAAAAUACAAAAGGAGGUAUCGAUAAGAAAAAUUUUGCAGUAAAGUCAACAUUUUAUUCUCUUAGUCUAUUUAUUGAUUAUAGUUUACAAAAUUCUAUAUAUUUUGAUCAUUAUAGUAAAGAAAGGAUCAAGGGUAUCUUAUUCAAAAUCUUAAUAAGUGAACAAAUUAAGGAAAUUGUUGAAACAAAUAGGUUUAAUCAAAUAAAUGAGUUACUUUGUUUUAUGGAAAAAUUACAUAAUGAAGUAAUUUAUAAAGAAAAAAAACAAAGAUUUAAAAAGAGUCAAGGAAUAUUCAUGAUUAUUAAAUAUUAUUUAAGUAUGAAACAAAAUUCUGAAUAUACUGAUCUUGAUAUAUUAAUUAAACAUCUUUUAAAGAAUAAGCUGUUUGAUACAAGAAUUAAUGUAUAUAGGGAUUUACUUGUUAAUGUUGAAAAUGAAAUGGAGAUCUUAAUGAAAUUUGAAGAUCAUGAUCAAAAUGAUCAUGGAUUUGAGACCAAAAAAGUCAUUUUAGAGAAUCUUAUAUUAAUGACAAAAACUAUUAUUUAUUUCUUGAAUAAAACUUUAUUAAAUACUGAAAUAAAAUCAAAUGAAAUUCAAGAUUUACUUGAAUUAUUUGACCGUUUGAUUUUAAUUAAAACUUUAAUGAAUAAAAGAAUUCUUAAAAAAUUGGGUACCGUUUUAAAAGGUAACGAGACAGAUCUUGAAAUUAAUGAAAAACUCAAAUCAAGGAUUGAUAAAUUAGAAAAGGAAUAUUUAUUAACUUCAUUUGAAUUAGAUAGAAAUGGAGACAAUGUAAUAGAUAAUAAUAAUACUGAUGAUUAUUAUAUUAAUGAUAAUAAGGGUAUCCAAAAAGAGAUUGAUCAAUUAAUUCAAAGUAUAAUAGAGGAUGAUAAUAUGAAGAAAUAUUUGAUAGUUAAUUGGGAUUUAUCCAAAGAUCCAAGUUUUCAAGUUAUUAAAAGUUUAAGAAGAAGGUUUUAUAAUAUAUUAUUGAAUAAUAAAAUGGAUUGUUUGGGUAUUAUUUUAAAAGAAUGUUUGGAUAAGAAUAUUAAAGUUUCUGAUUUAGGAUCUUAUUCAAUUAAUAAGCAUGAUAAAAAAAGUCCCAUAAUUUUUAAUACAAUAGAAUACUUUUUAGAUAUAAUUGUUUCUAAUAAAGAUCCAAAAUAUUUAAUCAAUUAUAAAAUGAAAGAAAAAGAUCUUGAAAUGUUAGAUGAAAGAAUGGAAACGGGAUCAGAUUCUGAUAUUGGAUCUAAAUAUGGAUCUGAGUUUGAAAAUGAAAAGGAAGAUUUGAAAUCUAAAUUGAAGCUUUGGAUAAAGAAUUGGUAUAUUAUAGAUUUAAUUUUAAAAGUUUUUGUAUUACAAGGAGAAGAAAAAUAUCAAGAUAAAUUCAGUAAAUUAAUAUUUUCGAGAAUAAUUCAUUUCUAUAAGAAUCAUGAAAAUAUUCAGGAUGGAUAUGGAUUAAUAUUUAAGAUCCCAUUAAUUCAAAAUUUCUUAUUAGAAAAGAUCUUAACAUUAGAAAAGAUAGAGGCUGUUUCUAUUUUAGGUGAAAUCCAGACAAUUCUUGAAGAUACAAUACGAACUAUUAAAUUUUUAAAUAAUAAUGCAAAUAUGAAUAAUAUUAAUAUAAUAGAAAAAGAUAUUUUAAAUGAUAGAAAAGUAAAAUCUAUAUUAAUUUCUAUGAUAACUUCAAGUUAUAGAGGCCUUGAUAAGAAUCAAAAUGAGGAUUCUGUGACACAAAAAGCUUUAUUACUACCUUAUUUGGCUUUAUUAAGUACUUUAUUAAAUUCAAAUUUAGGUUCAGUGAUGAUGAAUGCUGAAAUUAGAAAAGAAAUCUUGGUAAAUGUAUUAUUACAUGAUCAGAUGGUAUCAUAUUAUGAUCUUUCUGAACUAACUAAUCUUUUAAAGAGUGAAAGAUCAAAAAAGCUUAAAUUUAAUUCAAAAAGAGAAAAGAAUAAAGAAGACAAAUCUUUUGAGUAUCUUGAGGAUUUAUCUAUAAGUAAGCAAAAAAAUGACAAUAAUACCUUUAAAUUGAGAUUCUAUUUGGGAGAAUUAGACAAGAAGAUAAGAUCUUCAUCUCAGAUGAUAGGAUACACCUUUGAAAGUUAUAUAAUAAGAAUUCUUAUAAUUUACUGUAGCUUAACAAGUUCACCAACAUCUCAUUCUUAUGAUGAGGAUUUUAUUGGAGGAUAUAGUCAAAUACUUAAAGAAAUUUCAUCAGAAUUAUUUUCAAAAUUGAAUUUUAAUGAGAAUAUAGGUACCAGUAAUAUAUUAAUUGGACAAGAAAUUGAUAUAUAUUAUUCUAAAUUGGCUAUUUUGGUUUUGAUUGUUUCAUUUUCCAUUAAUUUCAUCGAUGCUGAUAAGCUAUUAACAGAAAAGUCAUUUAUUGAAAGAUUUUCUCAAUUUUAUCUUUUACUUGUGAAUUUACUAAUCAUCAAUUUCUCAAAGUUACAUUCAAUUAAGGAGACAGAUCUAAAAAUAGUUGAAAAUAAUUCUCAAGAUUCUGAAAUUAGAAAUAAUCAAGAAAAGUUAUCUGGUAGAAAAAGAACUGAAGAAGAGAAAGAUAAUAAUGAUAAGUAUUAUAUAAAGAAUGAAAAAGGUGGAAAAGAGUCUCUUUAUUGUUUUAUUUCAAGUAUUUUUGGGAAAGAUGUAUUAUUAUCUCAUGCUUUUGUAAAUCCAAACUGGUUUGGUUUGGAUGUUAAAGAUCUUAAAAAACUAUCAAAUUCAUUAUUGAAUAAUUCUAACUCAAAUAUUAAGAUCUGGAGAUUAGAAUCAAGUAUUUCUACUUUACUAUCAGUAUUUGUUUUAAAACUAAAUGCAAAGAAACUUAGAGAGUUAAUCUUAUUAAUAAAGAGACUUAUUCAUAGAAAUGGAGAAAGCUUCCUUUCCAAGGUAAGCUCAAUGACAAAGAAAUCUGGAGAUUCAAAGACAGGAAAUAAUUCUGAUAAACAAGCAAUUAGGGAUCUUUAUGGAGAGAUUUCUGCUUCAGAAAGUUCAAAUUUAGUCAAAGAUAUAUACUCUUGCAGAAUUUGGAUUUUAAUUUUACUAGCAGUAUUUGAAUCAACAGGAGAAUAUGGUGUAUUCUGCCUCAUAGAUGACAUAGCAUUGGAUGUCAAGUCAAUAUGUGAUUUGACUCAAAUGAAUGCUUUAACGUGUGUUCAGAAUAUUACGAUUUCACAAUACAGAAAUAUCCAGAGUCCAAGUAAAAGAUCUCCAAGUCAUCAACAGAUUGCUAAUUUAAGUCAUUUAGAUAAUGACUUUGGUUGGUAUUGGUACCAUUUAGGUAUAUAUAAUUUAAUCUUAAUAAAAAUGAUUUACUUUUAUUUAUCAGGACAAAAGGAAGAAUCAAAGGAUGUACCAAGCUCAAUAGAGGAUUAUUUGGUGAAUCCAAUAAUCACAAAUUUGGAUAUGUUUGCUUUAUUUGAUCCAAAUUCUACCAGAAGUUUAUCUGGGUGUGGGAAACAAUGGGAUCUUAUUCUUGGAGAUAUUUGGAUUCAUUCUAUUAGAUGCUUUAGAAAUAAUGAUUUAAUUUUAGCUGGAAUAAUCAGAUUAUUGAUAAAUAAAUUAAGGAAUGGAAACGAGCAAGUGAGAAUGUUUUCAGCAGAGAUCCUGCUUAAGAUUUGGAAAGAUGAAAUUUGUUCCAUUUCUAUUUUGUCUCAUUUAUCUGACAUUCUUCCAACUAUUAAAGAACUUUUGAGCGACCAUUCUGAGGAAAUGAUUAACAUUGCUAAGUCAAUAAUCAAAAAUAUUGAGGAAAGAACAGGAGAGGAUAUUUCCAAACAGCUUUAUUAA